AUGGACCAAACCAUUACGAGAGGGGCGGGGGUGGAAAGCGCUCCCCCGCGCAGCAGCGCUGCUAUUGGUUAGCUCCGCCCUCUAGUUUCCUCUUCCUUCCCGGCUUCCGUCCUUUCCUUUCUCGUCCGCAGCCUCAGCCUCGCGUCGCUGCUAUGGCCAAGAUCAAGGCCCGUGACUUACGAGGGAAGAAGAAGGAAGAGCUGUUGAAGCAGCUGGAUGACCUCAAGGUGGAACUGUCCCAGCUGCGGGUCGCCAAGGUGACUGGCGGAGCAGCCUCCAAGCUCUCCAAGAUCCGGGUCGUCCGCAAAUCCAUCGCCAGGGUGCUGACAGUCAUUAACCAGACCCAGAAGGAAAAUCUCCGGAAGUUCUACAAAGGCAAGAAGUACAAGCCUCUGGACCUGCGGCCCAAGAAGACGCGUGCCAUGAGACGCAGGCUCAACAAGCACGAAGAGGGGCUGAAGACGAAGAAGCAGCAGCGGAGAGAGCGCCUCUACCCCCCUCGGAAAUACGCUGUCAAGGCAUGAGCGGGGGGGCGGGGUGCAGCGGACCCCCUGGCUACUGCGUUCUCAUUAAAGGUGUUUUGUCUUUCGAA